AUGAGGGAAUAUGUUGAUGAUACAGAGAACUACAUCAACAUCAUUUUGGAUGACAAACAGAACCAGUUGCUACACAUUGGGGUUAUUUUAGGUACUACACUCCUUGUGAUGCAUUUGAGCAUGGCCACCAUUGAUUCUCUCAACAUGAAACUCCACAUCUCCGUCUACGAUGGCGUCCAACGGCUGUUCAAUGAAGCUACUGCGGGUAUCGAUCCGAUGGAACAAAAUCGGCGCGUACCCUUUCCACCUCAAACAAGGCGUGCGGACUCCGGCGCCGGAUCAAAGGCUUGGCUCGUUGUCUCAGAGCACGGAAGCUCGAAUGUCGAUCUCGGAAAAAAUCAGAUUAUGCGCCUGACUGGAGUCUCGGCCCACGACUUGAGGGUCCUUGAGCCGGAGCUUGCGUACCCUUCGACGAUACUUUGCAGAGAGAAGGCAAUUGUUGUCAACUUGGAGCAUAUCAGAGCAAUCAUAACGGCCAAUGAAGUCUUUGUUCCGAAUCCGAUGGACCCAACUCUUGAAUCUUUUGUUUGGGAUCUCAAAUGCAAGCUUUCGGUUGCUACCAUGGAAAGUCGUAAGGCUAUGGAGGAAUCACCCUCUACUAUCUUACCGGAGACAGGAGAUAGUAAUCCUAGAACUCCAACAGAGGAACCAAAUGCGGGCAAUUCAAAGCCAUUGCCUUUUGAGUUUAGAGCUCUUGAAAUAUGCCUAGAGUCUGUGUGCAACAUCCUUGAAUCCGAGAUGAGACUGCCUCAUGCUAUAAGCAAACGAUGA